UGUGAAGAACAGACAGUGACGAAGCCAAAGACGUGGUUGCCUUUUUGCCAACUAUUUAAUUGACCAGCUUUUGACCCUCGGUUGGCUCCCGAGUACAACAAAGUCCACACCAAGAUGUGGGGAAGUAAGGGCUAAGUAUCCACAACAACACAGACACACACACACAAAAAACCGGUAGGAAGCAAACGUUUGUUGUUUGUGCUUCUUGCCGCCAAGGGUGUCCAUCGCUGUGUUUGGAAUUCAUUUCACCAUGACGCCAUUAACCCGCCAGGCACAUGCGCGGGGUGGGGGAGGGAGUGUUGAAGCAAUGCUGCGAAACGCUCGUUCGCCUCCCACGUGCACGCGCGAAGCACACGAAAGGAACCGUCACGAGAGGUGGCACUUUUGUCAGCUCCAUUAUAUUCUGUGUUUUGUUCCUUUUUCUUUUAUUUGGCUGGUCGUUUUUUUGCUGCUGUGAGUUUUCAUUCGUUUUUAUUCACAUUCGUUCGUUCUUUCAUCCAGCUUCCAUCGGUUGUGUACGUUCUUUUCUCGAUUUUAUUUAUUUUCUGCUUUUCACCAUUGUGUCUUUCAUUGUGUCUUGAAACAAACGCGUACUGUCUCUUUACCACCCGCCGCCCCGAACGAUGGUACAUAAUCGUUAGCAUAACUUUUUUCAUGCCCAAUAGAGAAAAAUAAACUCAUCGUUACAGUGGCAGUGCCUUCGGCAGCGUGAAAGCUUUUCCUUUCCACACAAACGCACCCAUACGCGCCCGGCUGCUCAGCUGGCUGUCGAUGGUUGUGUGUCCGGAGUGUCCGAAUGGCGCAAAUUCUGUUUUCUCGUACCGAAUUGUUUUGUUUUCCACCGGCUUCUUUAUAUUAUUCUCCUCUCUGUUCGUUGUCCUAGACAGAAACCGUUCGUUGCGUUUGCACCCGAAAAUAUGCUAAUGCUAACGACCGGAACGAAACUGCUUCCCUUGGGCCAUCUCCAUGGCAAUGACAACGAAAUAAAAAGGAAAGUCCAAGCGAAUCGUUACCCCACAGUCUAGCAAUCCAUGCAAACACACACACUCACACACUGAUAUAGAAUUGGGAUGAAGAAUUUGUUGGUUUUUCAGCAUCAGUGGAGUUGGCUGGUGGACUAGGUGGUUUGGUUUGGAUCGUGUCUAGACGGUCCGGAAUCGAUGAAAUCAAUUAAAACUUCUAUCCAUCAAUCGACGCCGCACAAACGGAUCCCGACACCAUCGAAUACAAAGAAUGAUGCGCUUUUUUUAGGGGGGGGGGGGGAGGCAUGACGAAGGAAAUGACACAUCGAACUAUUGUAAUGAUCAGGGCGAUAUAUCAGCGAAAGACUAGUGGUCUCCGACUUUUGGAAAGUGAGUUCUUUUAAGGAACGUGCAAAGGAUCCAGUCAAAUCAAUGACCAAUGGGUAGAACAGUGUUAUCAGCCCACUGUUCCCCCCCAACACCACUGAUCGGUAUCAAUGUGUAACCAAUAUAUCAUUUUCCUACAAACUUCGCCUUAUACAAACCCCUGCUACAAUGGCACAAAAACUAUUUGGCCCUUUGUCCAUGACGUUGACAUUUUUCAAUUUAACUCAUAUUCCCUUCUCCGGCCAACUUGUGGACUCAUCAACUUCAAAAAAAAAGGGAAAGAAAAGACAACUAUUGCCCCAAAAAGGGCAAUAAAUUAUAAGCAUGUGGUUUCGGUGACGUUGCCGCGCGUGGUGCCCCACAACUGGCCGGGGAAGAUAAGAAGCCGUGACGCGUACGACGCGCGCGACGGCCACUUGAUCGUAGCCGAACGCGUCGUCGUGGGUUCGAUCGCGUCCUGUGAUUACGCUUUUCCAGCUCGGAGAUGCCGCGACAAGCACACCCUGACCUCCAACAGCAUUGCCCCAAAAAUGGCACCAUUUAGCUGUGUGUGUGUGUGUGUGUGUGUGUGUGUGUGUGUGUGUGUGUGAGUUUUUUAAUACUUAACUUUUGAUGCUUCUUCCAACACGUCAUUCCUGUAUGUAUAUGGCUCUCCCCUUGUUUCAGAACGCGAUGAAUGGGGCACAUGAAUGGGUGCUGUUUGGCACAGGUCCAUGAAAGAGCGAUGCCGGCUUCGACGAGAGGCCAUCUUGCUCUCUCGCUCAUGCUCUCUUGCUCUCUCAAUGCCAACCCUUAUCUGCCUCAGCGUGUUCUCCCAGCAGUGCCGCAGGAGCAACGCGGAAGCAGCGCUGGCGCCACCAGCAGCCGACUUCCACGGCAGUGUCUCGGGAGUGUGCCGGCUACGGAAGAAUACAGACUUCCAGUGGAAUGCAAAAAUAAUCCAAAAAACAGACAACACACACACACACAAAUUCACAGUCUGGGUGAAAAGGACGGGACGCUGGGUUUUGGUCCGAACGCAGCAGACAAGCAGCCAUCCGGCACCCUGUCUGGACGGCAUCCGAACCUGGAGCUGUGCCCUGAAGCGUUCGGGGCGGCAGUUUGGUUAGUACUGCUGGUGCGGCGACUACUAUUGGAUGCUGCGCCGUCAGAUGGGCAUGUAACUGCGAGACACAAAGCGGACAUCUGUGUAGACCGCACAGCAGUAGCAGCAGCAGCACCAGCUGAUAAGCCGCGGCCGAUCGAGCAGCGUGAGAAAUAAGUGCAGUGUGCGUUCGGCCGUCGCGCCCGGGAGCUGUUGUGGAGUGUGUAUUGGUUUGCUCCCCUUUUGACGUUUCAUGUGACGGAGUGUACGGGUUUGCUUGCACGCAUCUCCGUACCCAUCUAUCGCAGUGCAUUGCCGUGUUUUUUUUCCGUGCGUGUGUGUGUGUGUCCGAAUUCCAAAAUCCCAAAACAGACCAGAUGCCGGUACGGUCGGGGUUCUUGCUGCUGCUACUUUGGCUUCACCAACGACUGCCCGCCUCCUCACAAGCAACCGAACCAGCGACAAGGCGGUGCAGCGGAGGCCUCUGCAUCCUGCCCGAACUAUGCCGCCCGGUCAGCGUCAACGUGUACGAUGAGGUGCAUCUGGACUUUUUCAGCGUUUCAAGUUUCGAUCGUUCCAGCUCCGAGGAGUGCCGGUUUCCCCAUCUCAAGUGCUGCCCCUUCGAGCGCAUCGUCCGUGCACCGGACACGGAAGCACCGGAUGAGGCCGAGAUCGUAUGUGCGGCCCGGAACAACAACGGCAUCGGACAUGUCGAGCAGAAGGACAAAACGCGCGCCAAAUACGGCGAGUUUCCCUGGAUGGCGUUCGUGUACACCGCCCAGGCCGACUACGAGCUGUACCUCUGCGGAGGCACGCUGGUCCACUCGAAGGUGGUCAUCACGAUAGCGCACUGCAUCGAGAACCGUACCGCCAGCGAGCUGCGCGUGCGGCUGGGCGAAUGGGACCUGGAGCAUAUGGUGGAGAUCUACCCACCGCAGGACCGGGCCGUCAUAGCGGCAGUGACGCAUCCGCAGUUUUACAGCGAGCUGCUGCUGAACGACAUUGCGAUACUGUUCCUCGACGAGCACGUCGACUUUACGGAGGUGGUCGGCAUAGCGUGUCUGCCCCCGCAGAACGCCAACUUUGACCACAAACGGUGCCUGUUCACGGGCUGGGGCGAGGAUGAGCGGGGCCGCAACUCGUCCGUGCUCAAGCGCACCAAGCUGCCGAUCGUACCGAACGGCCAGUGUCAGCGGGUGCUGCGGCGCCAUCUACUAAACCGCAGCUUCCGACUGCACCAAGGGUUUCUGUGUGCGGGCGGCGAGUCCGGCAAGGAUGCGUGCCGCGGUGACGGGGGCUCCCCGCUCGUCUGCCCGAUACCCCAGUCCGAGAAUCAGUACUACGUGGUCGGGCUGGUGGCGUUUGGGUACGAGUGCGGCACGCAGGGUGUGCCCGGUGUGUACGUCAAUGUUCCUCACUAUCGCGACUGGAUCGAUGGGGAAAUCGAAAAGAUGUAUCAUGUUGAUAUCUUCGUUUAGGGGCCUUAGCCUGCCAGGUUCGGUUCUAGCUGGCCCGAACCCGACACAUGCACGUAAACUUUUCGUCAUACACUCAUUCGUCUUUAGAAACUAAAACGUUCGUACUUACCAUGCUUUAAGAUUGUUCCAUCGCUUUUAUCGCUCAAACGUUAGGCAAAUACAUCCGACUACAAACUGUAAGCUUGCGAAGGCACCACCUAUCCUUACCGAUAAAAACAGAACGAAAUACCAAAAAACCUUUUUUCCAUACGUCGAUGGACAUUCGAACACGUCUUCCCACAUGUAGACAGUUUUGCUCUGCCCGUCCCAAUUAAAUGCUAUCGUAAAGCCUGUUUUACGAUCAGCGAAUGGUCGUAAAAACGAGCUUAACGAUUAUUUGAAAGCAUAAUAAUUUGUUAAUCAGGAAUUCGAGAAUUCACUUUUGCUCUACAACUCACACACUGAGGACGGUG